GGUGAAUCUUUAAAAAUGUGGAUUGCGUUGAAGACAAUUUUAGUUAAUAUCAGUCAAGGAAGAAGAAUACAGCUUUGCCGCAACUGAUUUGGAAAAGCCAUGAGUGGAUGUCCGUACUUUGAGAAGAGGCAUUUGUUAUUCAAAAACAAGCCUCCUUCAACGGAAGAAGAUGAGGAUGCCUCGCAGGCAGGGGUUAACAAGGCCAGUAAAGGAGGAAUCAUCUAUGGAGACUACCUGCAGCUUGACAAAAUAGUCUCAGCCCAGGUGUUGCAGAGUGAACUAAAGGGUAAUAAGAUCCACGAUGAGCACCUCUUCAUUGUCACCCACCAAGCCUAUGAACUGUGGUUCAAACAGAUUUUGUUUGAACUUGACUCAGUGCGUGAGAUCUUCAUCAGUGGACAUGUCCGAGACGAACGCAAUAUGCUCAAAGUCAACACUCGCAUCCACCGGAUUGUAAUGAUCUACAGACUGUUGGUCGACCAGUUUGCAGUUUUGGAAACGAUGACAGCCUUGGACUUUUUUGACUUUAGGGAAUACCUGUCUCCUGCCUCUGGAUUCCAAAGCCUUCAGUUUCGGAUCCUGGAGAACAAAAUCGGGGUCCCGGACAACCUGAGGGUUCCAUACAACAGACGCCAUUACAGGGACAAUUUCAAGGGUCAUGACAGUGAGAUGCUGCUCGCCACUGAAAAGGAGCCGACGCUCUUGAAACUAGUCGAGGAGUGGCUGGAGAGAACUCCUGGCUUGGAGGUGGAUGGAUUCAAUUUCUGGGAAAGGCUGGAAAUCAAUAUAUUUGAUGGGUUGAAUCAGGAAAAGGAGAAAAUCGAGAAAAUACUUGAUUCUGAGGAGAAGGAGGAAAUGAUGGCUGAGCUGGUCAAACAGAGAGAGCUGUUCACUUCUCUGUUUGAUGAAAAGCGCCAUGACCAUCUCCUUAGCAAAGGUGAGAGACGGCUCUCUUACAAGGCUCUCCAAGGCGCCCUAAUGAUCUACUUCUACAGGGAAGAGCCGAGAUUCCAAGUUCCUUUCCAGCUGCUCACAUCCCUCAUGGAUAUUGACACCCUCAUGACAAAAUGGAGAUACAAUCAUGUAUGCAUGGUGCAUCGUAUGAUUGGCAGCAAAGCUGGCACAGGGGGCUCAUCUGGCUACCACUACCUGAGAUCUACUGUCAGUGACCGCUACAAAGUGUUUGUGGAUCUGUUCAACCUGGCAACGUUCCUGGUGCCCCGUCACUGGGUGCCUAAGCUAAAUCCCAACGUCCAUAAGUUCCUCUACAUGGCCGAAUGCUGCGACAGCUCCUACUGCAGCAGUGAAGACUCUGACUAGGGGACAUCGCAUAAGUCUGGUUUACUUUCUAUCACUUCAACUGACCUCACAACAGUAGAUCUCUUUUAAAGUUUUAGUUUUAGUGACAGGUGCAUAGGUGAACAGGAGGCCCUCCAAACAUGCAAAGAAACACUGUGUCUGGGAAGAAACCAGACACUCAAACACUACAUAGUAUGAUGAAAGAAAGUACAAUAACAUAGUAUUUUUGGAGCAUCUUAAUUUGGUGGAAUUUUUUUUCAGUUGAAAGAAGAUAGAGUGAAACAUGGCACAAGGAGGGAUCAAUUAACAUAAUAACUGACUGACUAUGAUUGACAGUGUAAACCACCAAAGUAUCCAUUAGUGAGAGACAU